GAACGUUGGGAUGGCCCAUUCAAAUCAACAGAACUUUUUGGAACAUUCUGAAGAGCCGUAUAAUAAAAACAUUAUGCCAUGACUAUAAACAUAUAAUAUGACGUCACCAGGUUCCGUCCUAGCGUGCACUUCAUAGGGUCUUUCAAAUGGGCACCUGCUUUUCUCAGGGUUUCAUUGAAUUAGGCCCACAAUAUCUUGACAUUUCAGAUGUGCGUAGUCAUUUUUGUAAUUUUCAUUCUAACCUAUAGAAAAAUGGUUGAGUUUUUGUUUUCUUACAGACCAGAAUCUCCUACUCCCAGCCUUCUUUCUAUGAAGACUGAUAACUCUAUGAGGGAACCUCCAAAAAUGAGUUGUGGGUCAUCAGACUCUGACUUAAGGUAAAUCCAAUAGGUGCUGGUACAAGGUUUCCAGGCGAUGUAGUUGUGAGAUUGAUAGUAUCCAACGGUGGCACAUAGUAUGGUAACAGAAGACUAACUAACCAAGAUGGUCAAAAAUGUUUGAAUUUUGUUUGUUUGUUUGUUUCUUACAGAUCAGAAUCUCCUACUCCCAGUCUUCUUUCUGUGAAGACUGAUAACUCUAUGAGAGAACCUCCAAAAUGUAGUUCUGAGUCAUCAGUCUCUGACUUCAGGGGUGUAGGUGGGCAAACUUCACAGGACCACAUCAUUCACAGCUCUGUGGAGCUUUGUGGAGAGGCCAUGUCGCCAACAUCAGAAGACUCCUAUCACAAAUAUGGAAAGAGAAGCAGGACCUAUUCAGCACAGCAUCAACAGAAAACGACGACAACUGAUGAUUUCCCCUCUACCAAAAAAAUCAAACAUAUAGAUGACACUGACUCCUCAAGAGGAGUUUUAAUAAGUCAUAAAGCCACUCUGAAGGGGACAUUUGAACAUAUUUCAGAAGGAAUCAUCAAGCCAGGGCCUCCAACAUGCCUCAACAAGAUCUACACUGACCUGUACAUCACAGAGGGAGAGAGCAGAGGAGUGAAUAAUGAACAUGAGGUUUGGCAGAUAGAGCCAGCGUUCUCAGCCCCAAAGACUGAAAACACGUUUAUCAGUUGCAAUGACAUUUUAGGGGCCCUAUCUGGAAAGCAAGAAUCCAGUGGGACUGUGCUCACCAAGGGUAUUGCUGGCAUCGGGAAAUCGUGCUUAGUUCAAAAGUUCAUUCUUGACUGGACAGAAGGGAAAGCAAAUGAAGGUCUAGAUAUCAUUUUUGCGCUUCCUUUCAGGGCGCUGAAUUUGGUCAAAGAUGAGAUGUACAGCCUCCGGGAGCUUCUGCUUGCCUUCCAUCCAGAGCUUGAAAAGCUUUUGGGUACUGAAGAAUACCAAAACUUGGUAUGUUGUUCAUCUUCGAUGGUUUGGAUGAGAGUCGACUUGCCCUAAAUUUCCACGGGAAAGCAAUGGUUCACAAUGACAGACAAAAAUCGACAGUGGACAUGCUGAUAUCAAACCUCAUUUGCAGAGCUCUCCUACCCUCUGCCUUUAUCUGGAUAACUUCACGACCAGCAGCAGCCAGUCAGAUCCCUCUACAGUACAUCAACCUUGUUACAGAAGUACAAGGGUUUUAUGACUCACAAAAGGAAGAAUACUUCAAGAAGAGAAUUGAUGACCCAAUUCAAGCGAACAAGAUCCUGACGCACAUUAAAGACUACAGGAGCCUCCACAUCAUGUGCCAUAUGCCAGUCUUCUGUUGGAUUGCAGCCAUAGUUCUUCAGCAAAUACUGGUCAAGGAUGAUGGAAAAGAAGGACCCAAAACUUUGACCGAGAUGUUUACACACUUUCUGCUGAUUCAGACCAAGAUGAAAAACCACAAGUACCACAAUGGAAUUGAGACAGAUAGUCAGGAACUCCUGAAGGCUCACAAAGAAAUCAUCUUGCAGUUGGCUGAACUGGCUUUUAAACAUCUGGAGAACUGUAAUCUCAUGUUUUACGAAGAUGACCUGACAGAAUGUGGCAUUGAUGUCGAUACCUCUCUUAGCACUGGGAUGUGUACUGUGAUCUUCAAGGAGGAGUCUGCAAUCUUCAAGAAGAAGGUAUACUGCUUUGUACAUCUGAGCGUUCAGGAGUUCUUAGCUGCCCUCCAUGUCUUCUGCUGCUAUGUAUUCAAGGACACAGAGAAACUGAAACCUUUCCUCAAAGAGAAGUCUACAUCUAUGCCUGAUUUACCCCUGGAUGAGUUCCUGAAGAUUGCCAUGAAUAAAGCUUUAGAAAGUCGUAAUGGACACCUUGAUCUAUUUGUCCGCUUUCUUCAUGGUUUUUCCCUUGAGUCAAAUCUGAAGCUCCUCCAAGGCAUACUGCCAAACUCAACGUGUCACUCUAACAGCAUUAAAAAAGCCAUCCAAAAUCUGAAACGCAUGCAGAGGCCCAACAUCUCUCCUGAAAGAUGGAUCAACCUUUUACAUUGCUUGAUUGAAAUGAACGAUAGCUCUAUUCAAGAAGAUAUCCAACGAUUGCUGAAGUCGGGGCAAGGAAUCAAUAAACGGCUCACACUUGCACACUGCUCAGUGCUGGCAUACAUGCUUCUAGUGUCUGAGGAGGUACUGGAAGAGUUUGACCUCAGCGAAUACAAGACUUCAGAGGAGGGUCGAAGGAGGCUGGUUCCAGCAGUGAGGAGCUGCAGAAAAGCUUUACUUGCUGGUUGUAAAUUGACCGAGAGUUCCUACGAAAGUGUGGCCUCUGCUCUCCAGCUUCCUAAUGCACUGAAAGAGCUUGACCUGAGAAGGAAUGACCUACACGAUUCUGGAGAAACCUUACUCCGUGUCUCUCUCAAGAGUUCAAACUGUAACUUGGAGACACUGAGACUUGCUGGCUGCAAACUGUCACAGAAGUCCUGUGUUUUUUUGGCCUCGGCUCUUCAUUCACCAAACUCACACUUGACGGAGUUGGAUCUGAGCAACAACGACCUGAGUAGCUCCAUAAAGGAUGUGGUCAGUGAUGGACUGAUGAGUGAGCAUUGUAGACUAAAGGUGUUAAGAGUGUCUGGCUGCAACCUUACUGAGGGUUCCUGUGAACUAAUAGCCAAUCUCCUGUGCAUGAACUCCCACUUGAUGGAGCUGGACAUCAGUCACAAUGAUCUGCAGGAUGCUGGCAUAGAGCUACUUUGCCCGGGUUUACAGAGUCCACAUUGUAAUGUAGAGAUACUAAGGCUCUCUGCCUGUCUCAUCUCAGAGAAAGGCUGUUUCUCUCUGGCAUUUGUUGUUGAAUCUCAGCCUCAACUCAGAGAACUGGACCUGCAGAAUAAUAAUCUUGGAAAUGCUGGGAUGGAGCUUCUCACUGCAAAACAGAGAGAUUCAAACUGCAAACUGGAGAUACUGAACAUCAAGAAUUGUUCAGAGCACUGGUUGAAACCAGGACCACAAAAAUAUGCCUGUGAGCUCACGUUGGACUCCGACACAGCAAACAGACAUCUUUCCCUGUCAAUGAGGAAUCAGAAAGCGACCUACAUGAAGAAACGGCAGCAAUAUCCUGACCACCCAGAUAGGUUUACACUGGUCCCACUGGUGUUGUGUAGAGAGGGUCUCAGCGGAAGGCAUUACUGGGAGGUGGAUUGGAAAUGUAAUGGGGUCCGUGUAGGGGCCACUUAUAAAAGCAUCCCAAGGAAAGGAGCAAACCGGCUGGAUGACAGUGCGACAGCCUGGUGUGUGGAGUGCUGCGAAGAGAGAUUCACUGUCCAGCACAACAACUCGACAGUGACCAUUCCAUGCAGACCUGGGUCUCUUUCUAGAAGAGUAGGAGUGUAUCUGGACUGGCUAGCCGGCACUCUGUCAUUCUUCCGCGUCUGCUCUGGCACACUCAAACACCUACACACGUUUGACACCAUAUUUGCAGAGCCCUUACAUCCAGCGUUUUACAUCGCCUCUGAGUCCUCAGUGAAACUGUGCUGAGGCUGUUGAUGCAUGGUUAAGUAAUGUAGAAGUAGUGUAGUAGUAAAUAUUUGUUGGUUCAUACUCUUAUUACAUUUACAUUUAGUCAUUUAGCAGACGCUUUUAUCCAAAGCGACGUACAAGGGAGAGAACAAUCAAGCUACGAGCAAUAAAGAC